CUUCCCAUAUUCUUCUAUUCAACAAUCAACUAUUUGUCUCAGCAAAUAUUAAGAGCUAGUGAUCUGUUGUUUGAUUUUCAGCGUAGUUAAAAUAAUGGCUGCCUCUGUCUCAACUGUAGCAGCUGCCAACAAAGUACCGUUGAGUUUGAACAACUCUGUUGCUGGAAUUUCAGUUCCAAGCACCACCUUCUUUGGCAAGGUGUUGAAGAAUGUGAACGCCAAAGGCAUUUCCAUCCCCAAGGCCUCGAACAGGAACUUCAGGUCGAUUGUAGCUCAAGAACAAGAAAUAGAUGAGAAGAAACAGAGUGACAAGGACAGAUGGAAGGGACUUGUUAUGGACAUGUCUGAUGAUCAACAGGAUAUCACGAGGGGUAAGGGUAUGGUUGACACUCUUUUCCAAGCUCCUACGGGUACUGGUACUCACCACGCUGUCUUGCAAUCCUACGAAUACAUCAGCCAGGGUCUUCGCCAAUACAACUUGGACAACACGUUGGACGGAUUCUACAUCGCUCCUGCUUUCAUGGACAAGCUUGUUGUUCACAUCACCAAGAACUUCUUGAAAUUGCCCAACAUCAAGGUACCACUGAUUUUGGGUAUAUGGGGAGGCAAAGGUCAAGGAAAGUCUUUCCAGUGUGAGCUUGUCUUCAGAAAGAUGGGAAUCAACCCCAUCAUGAUGAGUGCUGGAGAAUUGGAAAGUGGAAAUGCAGGAGAGCCAGCAAAACUGAUUAGGCAAAGGUAUCGCGAGGCAGCAGAAAUAAUCAGGAAAGGAAACAUGUGUGUCCUCUUCAUCAACGAUCUCGAUGCAGGAGCUGGUAGAAUGGGUGGAACUACCCAAUACACAGUUAAUAACCAGAUGGUGAAUGCCACCCUCAUGAACAUUGCUGAUAACCCGACUAAUGUCCAGCUUCCUGGUAUGUACAACAAGCAAGAGAAUGCCAGGGUCCCUAUUAUAGUCACUGGUAACGACUUCUCCACAUUGUAUGCUCCUCUUAUCCGUGAUGGUCGUAUGGAAAAGUUCUACUGGGCACCAACCAGAGAGGACAGAAUUGGUGUAUGCAAGGGAAUUUUCAGAACUGACAGCGUACCAGAUGAGCACGUUGUAAAGCUUGUCGAUGCCUUCCCUGGACAAUCUAUUGAUUUCUUUGGUGCUUUGAGGGCAAGAGUAUACGAUGACGAAGUCAGGAAGUGGAUUGAAAGCACUGGAAUUGAACAGGUUGGGGAAAAACUGUUGAACUCAAUUGAUGGACCUCCAACUUUUGAGCAACCAAAGAUGACAAUUGACAAGCUGCUCGAGUACGGAAACUUGCUUGUCCAAGAGCAAGAGAAUGUGAAGAGAGUUCAAUUGGCUGACAAAUACCUCAAAGAGGCAGCACUUGGAGAUGCAAAUGCUGAUGCCAUCAACACUGGAAACUUCUAAUGUUAGCCCCGGAUCUUCAUUGAGCUAAAUCCUAAAGAAAAGGAUAUUAAGAGAACCUGGCAACAAGACCUUGAUCCACCUUUUACAAGUGAUCGAUGAACGAACCUGUCUCUUCAAAUUUUUAGAGGAACUUUUGUAAUGGUAGUAGCUAGAAUAUAAAUUGUGUUCAAGAUAUCUGUUCAGUUGCAUUUAUAAGGGAAAACAAAAUUUGAGUAUCUUUCUGCGGGCUUGUUUGAAUCUCUUUUUCUUUUCUUGUUGCUUUAGUUUUUUCUGUUAUUCUCUACAUUCUCCUCUGUUGGGUUCAUGAGAAUUAAAGCUGCAAAUUUAUCAGGUC